AUGGUAAUAUUAAAUAUAAAUACAGUUUAUACAUAUAGUUAUUAUUCUCUUCUAGAAAACAACAACAACAUUUGGAUGUAUAAGAUGGCAGCAUAUUCAACUGAACCAUUCAAUUUAAAUAAAAUCGCUUCUAAUAUUAUUGGUUAUGUAUGUAAAUCACAAUCUGAGAAUGUAAAUAUAGAACAUGACAACAAUUUAGAAGCUGAACACAAUAAAGCAACGAAUAAAGCUGGAGGAACAUAUCACUGUAUAAGGGCAGAUAAAAAAGCUGCCAUUGUUGUUCAUGGAUGUACUGAGGAAUACCAAACAUUGGUUGAUGAGUUACCUGAAAUCAUUAUGAAACAACUUGGACCUAAUAUGAUAGCGCAUCCUAUGAUACUAUGUUAUGAUAGUUUCUAUUGUUCAUUUGAAUAUUUAUUUUUAAACAACCAGGGUAAAUAUUGUCUUGUAAGAGAUAAUGAAAAUGAUCAAGAUCAUUUAUUACACGUGCCAAUUGAGAAACAGAGAAAAAUUACAAUACAAAAAUCAAAAUUACAAUUACCUAUUUAUGGUUUAUCUCAACCGUCAUAUGAAGAAAUGAAAAAACACAUUAACAUGUUACAUCAUAAUAAAUGUCUAGUUGUCAAUGUACGAAGUGAUCCAUGCCUUUUUACAUUUGAUUCAGACGAUUGGUUUCCAUAUGCUGUAAGAGAGUAUAGUUCAGUUCAAAAUGUCCUGGAAAAUCAACAUCAAUCCGGAUUAGAUUUGGAGGAUAUGGAAGUCAAGUGUCGAGAAGAUGUUAUCACAAUAGUUAAAGCUAAAAGAGAAAGUGUAUUUUAUUUCUAUGAUGACAUAACAUUUUUUGAAAACCAACCAGUAGCACAUGUAGCUACAGCACCGGAUUAUUUGUUAGUUGGUGAAGAAGUAUACAAUGGAGCGAUUGUUGGUAAACAUGGUAUACGUUAUAUCAGGCUAAAUAUUUUACCUGGCAAAUUUCCUUUGGAAGAAGAAGUUGAUCGAUUCAUAGAUGAGUUACGUCAUAUUUGUUCAGAUUCGUUACCAAAAUAUUUAUCUUAUCCAAAUGCUUCUAAAAAUAAGCAAGUUAAAACAGAAUCAGUUCAGCAUCAAUUUGCUUCAUGUAUACACAGAAUGGUGGUACCGCAUUUUUUAGUUACUGGUCACAAAAUGACAGAUGGAUCUAUACAACUUGGAUUAAUUAUGGGUCAUUUAGCAUUGAAAGCAUUAAGUAGUAUUUUUACAUCAAUCAAUCCAGAAUGUGCACCGAAAGAUUUAGUACAGUUUGAUCAAAUUGCAAAUCAUCUCAGUUCAUCAUCGAAUGUAAAUUAUCAAUCACAGAAUAAAAAUAUCCAUAGUGGUGGCAAUAAUAUGACUGGAACGAAUAUAAAAUCAGAUAUGAUUGGAAAGAAAGCUAUUAAAGCACUUGAUGACGUUUCAUUUACUAAAAAAAUGAAUUUUUUAAGAAAAGGAAAAUUUCAUUUUAUUCGAAAACUCGGUCGUUAUUUACCAUUUAUGGUACAAAUUAAAGACGAAGUAGAUAAAGCCAUUGAUGAUUUUGAUGAUAUCAUUAAUUUACGUGAAGAAAUAGUCGAUUCAAUAAUUGAACUUUUUGGAAUUCAAGUGACUGAUGAAAGUGAUAAAAAACCACUAUGUAAAAUGCUAUAUGAUCGAACUAUUGAUCAAAUGGAAAGAUAUCAUUUGUUAAUCUGUUUCAAUGCCUACCUUCGAGAACAAAUGCAACUAAGAUUUAGUCAAAAUUUUUCAACAUGGAUGAAAUGUCAACCACGUCUUUAUCAAAUAAUGGACUUUUUCGACGUUUGUGAAUGGUACGCAUCAGUAGAUAUGCUAAAAUAUGAACAUCGUAUAUUGGUGACAGAUAGUUCACUUCAUGUCGACGAGCUGAGUACACAACGAAUUACUGGUCUCGAUAAUUUUCGUCAAUUAGCUGGUCUACCGAUAUAUGGUUCAAGUCAACCAGAUACAAAAGGUAUUGUUAAUAUACAUAAUGUAUUAACAAAAGCAUAUUGGAAUGUUUCAUUGAAAAAUGUAAGACCAGUAGUACUUGAAUCAGCUUCUAAUAAAAAAGGUUCAGAGAAAUCUUCCAAUGGUAAAGAUACCAAUGGUUAUGCAGUUAUAAUGCCACAAAUAAUAUGGAUAUGUUUACGUGAUGAUUAUGUAAUUAAAUAUGCAGGUGAAACAUGUAGUUGGAGAGCAAAGCGUAAACCAUCAGAUGCAAUAACACUACGUGGAGCCAGUGGAAUGGAAAUUGAGGAAAUGGAACAAAAAUUUGCUCAUUCAGUCAGUAAAUUGAAACCACCAUGUAAAUUAUAUCAGUUAAACGAUAAUGGGAAAUUAUCCAUGAUUAAUAUCGAGUUAAAUGAUGAACAACCGGAAUUAUUAAGUUUAAAACAAAUGUUUAAACAAACAUUUAGUUCAAUGAACACCAUUAAUUCAUCAGCAUCAGUCUCAUCUAAUAAUAAUAAUAAUAAUAAUAAUAACAAUCCGGAGGCAUCAUCAAUUCACAGUUCAUUAUUUGAUAAAGUACCUGAUUCAUAUGCAGUUUAUUUAAAUGAACAUGCUGAAUAUCAUCGUAUUCCGCUGCCAAAUUAUGGUCAUCCACCUCCUUCGAUUUUUGAUCAGAUAUUACGUUUAAUGUUGAAUAAUGCUCGUGGCCUUUUAGCCAGUACAAAUACAUGUCUUGCACUAAAAAACGCUUGCAGCGGUUUAGGUCAACCAAGUAAAUCAGCGAGAAAAUCGAUUUUCAAUCCGGCCAAUAAAGAUGACUUGCAAUUACCAAGUCCAUCAGAUACAUUACUAAACAAGGUGGUUGUAACAAAUUUAAUAUUUUUCUGUGAAAAUGGUCGUGAACGAACAAGUUUAGCGAUGACUAUAGCUGGACUUAUUUAUUGUCAUUUAUUUGGAUUUAUGUUCGGUUAUCGAGUGGAAGAAGAGGAACGUAUUUCACUACGUGAUGCAAAAUACACUAAGGGCGAGUUUAUUGCAAGAGAUGAAAGUGAUCCAGAAAAGAAAUUACAACUACGUAAAAGAAGUUUAGCCUACUUAGAACGAUACUUUUUUCUCAUUCUAUUCAAUGCAUAUCUUCAUGAUCAACAGCCUCAACGAUGGAAAAAUUCAUUUGAAGUUUGGAUUGAACAAAUUACACAUCAAGUAUACUUUAUGGAUUUAUUGGAUAAUUUUGGUUUUCCUGAAUUUGAAGAACCAGAUAAACUUAAACGUAUUCGUGAACGUUGGCGACCAGAUUUCAUACCACAUCCUACUUUAGUUGGAGAUUUUACCUAA